AUGUCACAACAUAAUAUUAAUUUUGAAUCGGUGUAUGCCGUUGAUAUAAAUCCUAUUAAUGAAGAAAUAAUUAUAUCCGGAGGAGGAGAUAAUAAAAGUUAUCUGUGGAGGUCAGAUACUGGUGAAAAGUUGCACGAACUUUCUGGUCACGAUGAUUCAGUUGUCUCAGUGUCAUUUAGCAAAGAUGGACAAUAUGUAGCAACUGGUGGUAUGGAUGGUAAAAUUAUGGUAUGGAAGGUUGAGAAUGGUCAACAUGUUGCCACACUAGAAGGUCCAAAUGAAAUUACAUGGUUGGAUUGGCAUCCCAAGGGCAAUGUUAUUUUGGCUGGUACUGCUGAAUCAACAAUCUGGAUGUGGCAAAUACCUUCAGGCAACUUUAUGAAUCUAUUCGCUGGACAUUCAGCAUCAGUUACUGCGGGUCAAUUUACUCCAGAUGGUAAAAAGAUUGUUACAGGAUCAGAGGAUUCAUCAUUAAUAGUAUGGGAUCCAAAAAAUGCCACAUCUAUUUUUAAAUUAUCAAAUGAUGACUCAAGAUUUCAUCAUGAAGGAAUAACUUCACUUGCUAUCAAUAAAGAAAAUAGUUUAGUUCUCACAGGUUCUAUGGACCAUUCUGCUAAAUUAAUCAAUCUAACGAAUGGACAUGUAUGA